UAGUUCCUGAUUUAGAUAUUUCGAACAUAGUAAUAGUUUCUCUUUCUUAUGAUUCUCUCAGAGUUUUUCUUUUUCAAAAUUCCUAGUUUUUUUCUACUGGGACAUAUCUCACAGAUGCAGUUUGCACUUCACUGCAGGUGACUGGAGUAAAUUCUUGAUUAUAUUUUUUUCUGUACCCACUUCACACUCGUAAAAUGCUAUUAGGAGAAACGGCACAGGCAAGUUUUAGUCUCUCGUUCGAGAGAUGGUUUUUCCCUUAUCAAAACUCUUGAAAUUUUUUUUUAGAGAAAAAACUCUUGAAAAUUAUUAUUCCUGCAAUCUACUAGAGUUUAACACCUCACAAUCCUUGAUUGCGAUUGUUAGUACGAGAGAGGAAAGAAAAUAAAAUAAAAUUGCACCCUAUUACUUAUUUAAGUCAAAUUUGUGGUUGAACAUUUACAAAAUCCCAAAUCCCAGAGUUAAAAAAGGAAAUCAAAUUUGUGGUUGAACAUUUACAAAAUCCCAAAUUCCAGAGUUAAAAAAAUAGAAGUACUACACGUGCACCAAUACUGAACACAAUUUCGUGUAUCCUCUCAAUUGCUGAUCACUCGAUUUUCUCUCAAAAUCUAAAAGCCAAUAUAUAUUUAUCAGAAAUAAACAUUGCAUUUCUUUUGUUCCAGAAUCAGAAGAUACCUCUGGUAGAUUCUGUAACCAACCAGCUUACAAAACUCAUAACUCUCGAAAAAACUGCAACAAACUACAAUUAUCAUAAUCCAAUCUCAAAAAGAAUAUAAAGAAAUUCAAAAAUCUAACAUCCAAUUUCUUUAUCCUUCAUCUCCAUCACCAUUCAUUCCCACCGCCUUCACAUAAAAUGCCCACCAUUCCUUUAACUAGAACAGCGCCACCAAGACCGCCGUGCCUCAGUCUCUCCUCCGCCUCCGUCGCGCCCCGGCAAAGACCCAGUAUUUGCUUCUCUUUGCUGAGGUUCAAGCCGAAGCGCUUCCAUUUUCUGAAGCCAUGUUCUUCACUCAGAGAGACCAAGAAAUCACAGCAGCAAACACUUCCCAAGACUCCCGACACAGCUCCGCAGAGCCUUAGGAGAUUCUUGAAUUUCAACCCGAGGAGCGAGAAUGAUGAGAAUAAGGACGGCGACGCCGCGGCGGAGGAGGACGGCGGCGGAGACGACGCUGCCGCGAUUAAAGGCACAAUCUUGGCGGGACUUCUGCUUGUGGGCGUUGUUGGUGGGUUUGGAAUUGUUGGGUAUGUGUAUAGAGAGCAGAUCAAUGCUUUCUUGACCCAGUUUUCUGGCUUCAUUGAAGGUUAUGGUGCAGCUGGAUAUGCCCUUUUUGUUGCAGUUUAUGCAGGACUAGAAAUACUUGCAAUACCAGCCAUUCCAUUGACAAUGUCCGCUGGCCUUCUUUUCGGCCCGUUCACUGGAACAAUUAUCGUCUCUAUUAGUGGCACGGUCGCAGCCAGCAUUGCAUUCCUAAUUGCCAGAUAUUUUGCUCGUGAGCGAAUUCUAAAGCUUGUUGAAGGAAACAAGAAAUUUCUUGCGAUAGACAAAGCCAUUGGGGAAAACGGUUUUAAGGUUGUUACUCUUCUCCGCUUGAGUCCAUUGCUUCCAUUCUCUCUCGGAAAUUACCUCUAUGGACUCACAUCAGUCAAGUUCAUCCCAUACGUCUUAGGAAGUUGGCUAGGUAUGCUCCCCGGAACAUGGGCAUACGUGAGUGCUGGCGCGUUUGGUCGAGCAAUACUUCAAGAGGAGGCUGAACUCGGAGGGUUAACCGGAGGGAACGGUCAGCUAUGGACACUGGGGAUCGGGCUAUUGGCGACAGCGCUCGCGGCAACGUACGUGACACGGCUGGCCAAGGACGCUGUGAAAGAUAUCGAGUAGAGAAGGCCUGUGCAUCAAUAUUGAUAGAUACACUGUAAAUUGAAAUUUUCAAUGGGGAACAAAUUCAUCAACAAAAUUUUCUCACUUCAUGUACCACUCUCCUAAAUAAGGAAAAUUGCUCUGCUCUAUAACGGUGUAUCGUGUGGCCUAUAGCCUUUUAUUUUGUCCGCGUUUACUUUGUAUAAUUGAUAAAAUGCAUUAUUGAGUA